GGAAACCACUUCGAUGUCGACAACAUAACAUCACUUCUUUUCAUCCAGAUCACAUCUUGCGCCUUUGUUCUAACAUUGCCAUUGGGCGGAAUUAGCAUAUGCGAGAAUACUUACAUCCAGAUCAAUCUUUAGCGCGUCACGUUGGACUCAUUCCCUUUUGGAAGCGAUAUGUCCUGCAUGCACCUGCGCCUAAGAAGACUUGCGCGAUGAGAGCCCCAUCCUGAGUCUUGAUACCCAUCCUCCAGAAAAGCUCACAUGAUGAACAGCGCCGAAUCUGGAAAGCCGGCUGCUGAGCCUAUUGUGCCAAAGUUCACAGUUGCGCAUCAAAAGAUCGACCUCGACUUCAAUUUUGAUCAACAAAUCAGCGGAACUACCGAAAUCACCAUCUAUCCAGACACACAAGAUUUACGAGAGAUUCAAUUACAUGGUCGACAAUGCAACAUCAAGAAAGUCUUGGUAAACAACACGCCCCCUUCCUCCGUGCGACACCAGGAUCCAUGUGAUCAGCUUGCCCUCCAUUGCAAUGGUAGCGUCAAUCAGCACCACCUUCUCACCGAGAAGAUUGCUGGCUCAAUCGCCAACCCACCUGAUCCCGACAUCAUCAUCACUCUUCCAAAGAAAAUUCGUAUCGUACCUGUCAACAUUGCAGAGAUCCAUACUCAAUCAGCCAAUCUCAUCAAGAUCCAGGAUAGCCAAAGCGCAAACGCCACCGUACCUGAAGCUACCCAAGCUUUGUCCGAUACCACCGUCGCAAGAUUCACGCCGUUGACCAUUUUCAUCGAGUUUGAAUCAUCCCAUGUCCGUGAGUCGGUCCAGUUUGUGGUAGGCAAGCGAGGCACCGGUCGAUGGCCUCAUGCUUAUACCAGGAAGAGGCUGUCAUCAGGUGGAGCUUCGUCGUUGUUUCCAUGUGUGGACUUGCUCAACAGUCGAUGCACCUGGGACAUCUCAAUCAGAUCCCCUCGCACCGUCGGUGAUGCGAUCGACCAAAUAUCACCAGCCAACAAUCGCAGGAACAAUGUCGAUGGCUCCGACAAGAGUGGCCCUCGCCAGGGCUACGAAGCCACUGAGAUGGUCGUCAUUUGUUCGGGAGAGCUGACUGAUGACAUUGUCGACAAAACUGACACCUCCAAGAAGACUGUGUCGUUUUCCUGUCUUCAACAGCUUGCUCCGGAGCAACUGGGCUUUGCCAUCGGUCCUUUUGAGAAGAUCAACCUAGGCGACCUUCGCGAUGCUCAAGAGAUAGAAGAAUUGGGAAGAAAUGCAGUGGAAAUGCUCGCAUACUGCCUGCCAGGCCGGGCCGAAGAAGCCAAGAACACAUGUCUCCCAACGCCCAAAGCCAUGGAUUUCGUCGUCAACAAAUACAUUUCCUGUCCCGUCAGAUCUUACGCCAUGGUUUUUGUGGAGGAUCUCCACACCGACACCUCAAUUUUUGCCGGCGUCACCAUGUGCAGUACAAGGAUUCUGUACCCAGAAGAGGUUGUAGAUCCUGCGCAGCAAGUAAUGAGACAACUAGCAUUUGCCAUCGUUUCGCAGUGGAUCGGGAUCAAUAUUGUUGCAGAAACACCUCCCGAUACGUGGGUCAUCCUGGGAGCAGCCUACUAUAUUGCCAAUCUGUUCAUGAGGGACCUUUGCGGCAACAAUGAAUAUCGGUAUUACAUGAAGCAACAGGCAGAUCGCGUCUACGAACUUGAUAUUGAACGCCCUUCCAUCUACGAUAUGGGUGCACUACUGCACGUUGACCCCAGCGAGUACGACUUUUUGAUCUUAAAAUCACCAGUCGUGCUCUUCAUCCUGGACCGUCGCAUUGCGAAGACUCACGGUGCUUCGAAGAUGCCAGGCAUCCUGGCAAAGAUUAUGACACGGGCACGAACCGGAGAUCUUCCUCACAACGCCUUAUCUACAGAACUUUUCCAAAGAACCUGCGAACGGUUCCAUCAUUCUUCAGUCGAGGACUUCAUCACGCAGUGGGUCAAAGGCGCCGGCUGUCCAAGGUUCGGAGCCUUUCAAAGAUUCAACAAGAAAAAACUUGUAGUGGAAAUGCUUAUUAAGCAGACGCAAGGAGUCAGUAUUGAUAGGGAGCUUGAUAUCGAGACUUUCAUGCGCGAUGCUCGAGAAGACUACCAGACGGUUUACGCUGCUCAACCACAGCCUGUUUUCACUGGCCCCAUGACCAUAAGGAUCCACGAAGCGGAUGGCACGCCCUACGAACACAUUGUGGAAAUCAAGGAAGCCUCAACUCAGUUUGACAUCCCUUAUAACACAAAGUACAAGCGCCUGAAGCGGAGCAAGAAACAGCGAGCUCGUGCCAGCACAAAGGCGGCAGCAGAAGGGGCUGAUGAAGAAGGUGACUCGUUGGUUUACUGCCUUGGUGACGUCUUGCAGAGCGAGGAAGAUGUCCAGAAUUGGAGAAUGACUGACUGGAGUGUUGAUGACGAAGAGAGGAUGAACUCGGAAUCAUAUGAAUGGAUUCGCCUCGACGCAGAUUUUGAAUGGAUCUGUCGUAUCAAUCUCCAAAUGCCCGGCUAUAUGUUCGCCUCUCAACUGCAACAAGACCGAGACGUCGUUGCCCAACUCGAGGCAGUGCGCCACCUUUCUCUCUAUCCGCCCACCUCUCUCAUAUCAUCAAUAUUCAUCCGCACGCUGAUGGAUCGUCGAUACUUUCAUGGAGUUCGCUCGCUUGCUGCCCACGGUUUAGUCAAGCAUGCAAAGAACGAAGGCGACGCCAAAAACGUGGGCCUUUUCCACUUGCGAAAGGCCUUUGAGGAGCUUUACUGCAUCAAAGAUCAAGGGAUUGCAAUGACACGUCCCAACGAUUUUUCAGACCAGCAAGGCUAUCGAAUACAAUGUGACAUCGUCGAAGCCAUCGCUAACGUGCGUGACUCCAAGGGACACACGGCAAAGGAUGUCAAAGAUUUCUUGCUGGACAAGCUGAAGUUCAACGAUAAUUCGGCGAAUGAAUUUUCAGAUGCUUACUAUAUUUCAAGGCUGAUGAAGGCUCUCACAGCCGCCGUCAUCGCCCGACCAGUCAUUAACAUUGAGACAGAUGACGAUGCCGAUAUGGAUUACGAAAUGGAAGACAAAAUGCAUGAGCUUCGCGCCUUUGAACGUCAGUUUCUGGAAGAAAUCGACCGCUACCGCCGAAUGGAUGAGUGGACUAGUUCAUACCAGAACCUCUAUUCUCGAACCGCUCUCGAAUGUCAAGCCAUGCUCGCGGCAGCUGGAAUUGGGCUGCAUUCGCCACUUCAUUUCCUCCAGUAUACCCGACCUGGUAAUUAUGAAAUGCUGCGCCAGACAGCAUACACUGUCCUCUUGACACCCAGCGUGCUCGAUGAACCCUCAGUUCUGCGAUAUCUGCUAUACUGUAUGGUCGCCGACCCUUCGCCUUGGAUCCGUCAGAGCCUGCACCACGGCUUUGGCAAAGUGCUUGCCAAACGGGCCAUUGGCAUCAAAGUCGACACGGGGAAGCCUGUGGGCGAGGGCCUUGUGAUUGAGGAUGCCUCGGAAUCGAAUGCUGCGGAUCAUCAAUUGGAGAUUGCACGUCGUUCGACCAUCGAAGGAGCGGUUGCUGCAUUGAAGAAAGAACUCGGCGACUUUCAGCCAUUGAAAGCAGCCCUGUGGAAUGCCAUCUGCUACGAUCAAAUUAUCCUAGAAGAUCUGCAAACCUUGCUAGACUUCUGUCGAUUGCUCUAUGAGCCCGUGGAUGAGAUGAAGGUAGUGCUACGGCUGCCACGGUACUGGGAGGUACAGAAUCUAGGAAAGGGCAAACUUAAGUUCAAGCAGAGCAACAAAGUGAGACAGAAGAUUGUGCCAAAAUGGCAGUCUACCGCCUCGAACUUUCCUAAACAGUACCAAACUCUGCCUCCGCCACUGGAAAAGUCGCAGUACAAUGUUCUUCCGCCGCCCUUGCAACGAACACCAAGCAUACCAGGGCCAUCGCCGACGUCAGCAGGACCGAAUGGAAGCGGCGGCUUGAAGCUCAAGCUGAAAUUUGGUACAUCGGGUCAAUCUUCAGGUGCAGGCACCAAAGCGACCCCAACCCCGCCACCGCCUCCAAGAUUGAUACCUCCUGCUGUUGUCCCACAGUCUGCGGCGAGGACGCCAACGCCCACGACUGCCACACCCGGUCGAGUCGUGCUGAAAUUCAAGCCGAGCUCAAGUUCAAACUCGAGCUCCCAGAAUAAAUAGAGCAAGUCAUGGGAUUGAAGGCUCUAGUGUCCCUGUUGACAGCGGUCCUUGUGUAGCGCUUUUGAUCGAGUUGUUGCCAUUCAAAGACAGCGCCCGUUGUCGGCCGCGUAUUCGGCCUUCGAACGCCAUAGAUAGCCUUUUCAAUCGUGUACAACAGUCCGUUAUCCUGUACUCGUGCGCAGGUACCAUC